CAGUAACUGAAUAGAAGCCCAUAACCAGUAAAUUCGUUACUUUAAACGGUCAGACGAGGGGUACUUCUCUAAUUGCAUCAAAGAAGUCUGUUUUCAGACUAUAACUGCAAGAAAGGAAGACAUUUUGAAGGAAAUCAGCAAGAAAAAAAAAAAAAAAAUAGAAACACGAUGCAAACGAUGGCACCAUCGGGGGCGAUUCGGUGGUGCGCAGUCACAUCGGCACUCGUUCUAUCUCUAUUCAUCCAACCGUCGAUCGCCAUUUACUGCGACGAAGACAAUUGUUAUGAUCUCCUAGGGGUUUCUCAAAAUGCUAAUGCGUCGGAGAUCAAGAAAGCUUACUACAAGCUCUCUUUGAAAUAUCAUCCGGAUAAGAAUCCAGAUCCGGAAUCGAGAAAGCUAUUUGUGAAAAUUGCCAAUGCUUAUGAGAUUUUGAAAGAUGAAGCCACGAGGGAGCAAUAUGAUUAUGCAAUUGUGCAUCCGGAGGAGGUAUUUUACAAUACAGCUCGCUACUAUCGUGCAUAUUACGGUCACAAAACGGAUCCUCGUGCUGUCUUGGUUGGUGUUCUUCUUAUUCUUUCAGCAUUCCAAUAUCUAAAUCGGUGGACAAGGUAUAAUCAGGCUGUAGAUAUGGUCAAGAAAACACCUGCUUACAAAAACAGAUUGCGGGCGUUGGAACUUGAACACAAUGGAGGAACCACAAAUAAGAAGAAGAGUAACAGGCAAAUGGACAAGAAAAAGGAGGAAGAUCUCAGCAAAGAGCUUGAGCUGGACAUUAAGGGAGCUGAAAAGCCCUCCAUCUGGGAAUUAGUUGGUGUCCGUUUUAUUCUCCUCCCCUACACUAUUGGCAAGCUAUUGUUGUGGCAUGGCUGUUGGUUCUGGAGGUACAACGUGAAACAAGCUCCAUAUUCUUGGGAAGAUGCGGCUUACUUGACUAGAAACUCCCUCAGAGUGCCCCUUGAUGCAUGGCUAAACAUUGAUGAAUCAACCAAGGAGGAUCUUAUUCAGAGACGAUUAUGGAUUAAAUCCAACUUAGAGAGCUACCUAGCAGAAAUGCGAAAAGAAUACAAGCGCAGAAGAUAGGAAGAGUUUUUUUUUUUUUUUUUGGUCUGGAAGGUAGGAAGAUUUAUUGCUUGGUUACUAAAGAUUAUUUGCUGAAACUUAAAAAACAUACAAGAAAAUAACCAUGUUUCACUAGUAUAGAUUAUUUUGGUUACAUUUAUAAAUGAAGGCAGAGAAGACCAUUGUUGCUGAUUACCAAGUUUUGAUACGGAACAUCCAAAUCUAAUACCUGUAGCAGAGAACUGAACGUAUCAUUUUGUAUCUUUCCAUAUAUAAACUCUAGUUUUAGAUGACUUUUUUUUGUUGUCAUACAGUCAUAAUCCAGUUAUUGCUGGUCAGCGAUAUUCAUAUAUGGAUCAUGCAACUCGUAUCACUGAUGCGGAAUGCAACUGGACAGGGAAUAAAUCAGCUUGCCGAAUUACGCAUGUAACGAUGCAAGUUAGACGUUAAAAGUGUUUAACCAAUUGGACCG